AAAGAUAGUUGGAUUUCCUUUCACCUGCAAGCAAAAGUUUCUGAGAAUCAUCUCCCUUACGGAGAGAGAAUACAGGUACAAGGGCCCAGCCUAACAUCUGGCACAGGGUAGUUAUUUAACAAAUGUUGACUUCACUUUCUUCUCCGUCUUCCUUACUGGGAUUCCAUCUCUUUUUUCUUUGUUUCUUCUUUCUUCACCAAGUUUCCUCCUUCCUUUAGGGCUCUAUCCCUACUAGUCCUCAUUUCCUGGAAGCACAGAGAUAAGCAGCUUUCUCCUCCUCCUUGUAAAACUCUGCCAGCUAAGACUCUGGCAUAAGCCUCAGUGACCUCUACUCUAGACCUCAAUAUCCCUGGUGCACACUUCUUUGAAAUCAGACCCCAUUAAUUAGAACUCCUCACACUCAUACAAUAUUUUAUCAUGGACUCUCACCUCCAGAUUCUCAUUUGGUUUAACUUUAGCCACGCGCAGAGGCAGGGCAAGGUGUUCUUACGAUCAUAACCAUUACUCAAAUGAGGAAUCAAAUGUUCAGGAACGUGACAUUACUUGAACACAGUUACAGAGUGAGUAAGUCUGGGAACUGGGACACAAACACAGGUCCCAGGGCCAAACUCACUGCCCUCCCCGUUCUCCAGCCUGGUGCUGUUUCCUUCAUUUAGAGUGAACACUCACAUGCAGCAGAUGCUGUGGGGCUCCACCUCCAAUCCCUCUUCAGGGCCGACACCCCCCCUCCAGAUGCUGGGCACACUGCCUGCUGAUUCUCACAGCUGCACCCCUCUCUGGAACUGUGGACAAGUGAAAGGCCAACACUGCUCCAGAGCUCCCUGCAGGAUCCUGAAAGCUGCCAGGUUUGGGACGCCUGGAGUGAGAAGCAGCUCCACGAGCGCAGUUGCUGUGCAGGCUGCUCUUCCACUUCGGCCACAGAAUCCAGCAGAUGUGAAGGCACUAUGCUUAUCAGUGGAUUUUCCAAGUUGGAGGCCUCACUGUUGCUUCAAGUAUUACAUGGUAUGGCAGCACCCAUCUGCCGUGUCCUUGUACACUUUAUUAUAUAUCUAUGCACCUCGUCAGGGAAGCAUGGGAACCCGCAGGCACUGCUAGUAGGAAGGCAAGCUGGCCUGGCCAUUCUGGAGAAGAACCUGGCAGUAUACUCGGUCACAUUCCGGUCACACAGUCUGUGAUUUGGGUAUGUAUCAUGGAGAAAUCUUCACUGCAGUGUUAUUUAGGAAAUCCAGGAGCUGGAGACGGAAAGCAAUGUGCUAGAACUAGGUAGGAUGUACACAGCUCAAAUAGGCCCACUGUUAAAUUUUCUGGAAUUUGGCCAGCUGGUUUUUAUACCCCAUUAUUAUUUAAAAUCAAAUUAUAUAAACUUACCACUAAAUAACAUAUAUUUUUUAAGUAAUACUUAAAGCACACUGCUUCCUAGUGCUUUCACUAGACUGAACCAUCAUCUUGGCUUCUGAGGUCACUGAGGCCUACUGCAUCUCCCUGAUGGAUAUCCCAUGUCAUGGUGUGCUGCUGCUGCCCAUCUCUCCUGGUUCUGUGUUCAGGGAUGUCCCACUGGUAGCUUGAAAGAGGCCAUGGUGGGAAUAAUUACACUACAGAAAUUAGCAAACCCUAUUUUGGCUAACCCUGAGAGCUAAUUGUUCAACAUUUACCAGUUCCCUGGAGACUGGUACUACGCCCCUUUAUAAAUGAGAAAAAUGUGGCUCAGAUGGCUUAUGAAACUUGCCAAGAACCACACAACUUGUGACUGGUGCAAACUGGAUUCAGACCCAAGCCUGUCUCAGACCUUGUACUUUACUUUGAUGAAAAUUAGAAGCGAGUUAUAACGUUUAGACUAUAAAAUUCCCAAUACUUUACUACCAACAUUGCACUUAUGUUUUUGAUAUUAAAAAAAAAAAAAAAAACUAUGGCUGCGUGCACCUGAGUACAGUGUGAAAUCAAGAAACGACAGUUUUUAGAAACAUCUGCUUACUGACUGAGCUUCAUUAACUCCUCAUGUGAGAGCCCAGUCCUGAACCACAGGUGCUGUUGCUUACAGUGCGGAAGAAAAAUAAAUGAGUUCAGUUUCCAGGUUAGUGCUGUGAGGUUACAUAAACUAAUCAUUAAACAUGACAGCUAAGAUAUUUUAGCUACUGUUUAACUUUAAAAGAUUUGUUAGUAAAUAAUGAUAUUUGCACACUGGAGGCCUUGACCGUGUCUCUAUCUGAGUCGCAAACCUUUGUGUUUGUAUAGAAGUUACACUAUUUCCCACAUUUGACUUGAAAUUUAGUCACAUUUUCUUCUCAUUGUCAAUUAUCUACUUUCUCCCUCAUUCAGUCACCAAUAAACAUUUAAAAUGAUGAACACAACUUGAGACCAAAAGAGUUGGGAAAAAUCCUUUCUAACAUGACUGAAUGAAAAUAUUUCAUGAAUCAAAUGCUCUCUAAAAUGUGAAUAUGAAGCGAACAACCUUCAGGAUGACUAAAUGAUCAGAUGCAAAGGUGAACUGAAAUGAGCUCCUAACUGGAUUCUGUAGGCCAACAUUUUUUUAAAAAGCAUUUUUAAUAACGAAAAUUUCAAAUGUUUACAAAAGUAGAGAAAACCGUGCAACAAAUCUCCAUGUACCUAUUGUUGAGCUUCAACCAUCAUUAACUCAUGGCCAAUCAUCUGUCACGCCCAUCUUGUUUCAUGGGUGUCUCCAUCCAAACCUAUUUGCCUUUCCAAUCCCGGCAAUGCCAGGGCGUUUCACUAUUCAAUUUAUUAUUUCCAUAUAUAUCCUAAGUGGAUACAUUCAUCUAUGGUAUUCUACACACUGGGUUCCACAAAAGCAAGCAGACAUUUGUGGUGCUGUACAACUAUUUUUAUAGAACUUGCCACCAUACAUUUAUAAAUUAAACCAUUUAAUGUACCAACAAUGCUUUGAGGUAGAAUACUACCACUUUACAGAUGAAGGAACUGAAACACAGAGGUUAGGCAACUUGCCCACCAUCACACAGUGAGUUAAGCAGCAGAACUGAGAUUUGAACCCAGACAAUCUGGUUCCAGAGGCUAUGCCUUUAGCCAUGACACCACAGCCUUCACACAGGAAUUUACAUGCACUACUGAACACUCAACUGCUUAGCCAAAGCUUCUGAUUAGAAUAGUUCCUGCCCUGUUACCCCAGAUCAAUGAAUAGAUACUUUGCUUAAAACACUGUUCAGAUGGCUCUCCUCAUCCCCAAACAAUAUCACAAGUUACUCCAGGGUAUAUUAUGUUUAUAAUUUUGAAAUGUCAGGUUUCAUUUCAUUCAUGACAUCAACACUUUGGAAUUUGCUGAGAUGAAACGUAUGGCACAGUAUAUGAUUAGUUCUUAUAAAUAUUCAAUGUGUGCUUGAAAAGAAUGUAUAUUCUGCAAUUGUUGGGUUCUAUAAACAUCCACUAGAUUGUUAGUCAUGUGUUUAACUUUAUAUACAUAUAAAAUGUUAAAAUUUC